CAGCCUCUCAGCAACCAGCAGAGACGUCUCUCUCUCCUCUCUCCUCUCCUCUGCUCAGCUCUCCUCUUCUCCAUCCACUGCGGAACAUCGGCCUGUUUUCCUCCCGUCCCUCCUCCAGCGGCAGACACCCAGCUCGUCAUGGACAACUCCGGGAAAGAGAAGGAGGCCAUGCAGCUGAUGGCUGAAGCCGACAAGAAGGUCAAAGCGUCCGGAUCCUUCCUCGGAGGGAUGUUCGGGGGGAACCAUAAGGUGGAGGACGCCUGCGAAAUGUACGCCAGAGCAGCCAAUAUGUUUAAGAUGGCAAAGAACUGGAGUGCUGCUGGGAACGCGUUCUGUCAGGCCGCUCGGCUCCACAUGCAGCUUCAGAACAAACUGGAUUCUGCCACCAGCUUCGUCGAUGCAGGAAACGCCUACAAGAAGGCCGACCCACAGGAGGCUAUCAACUGUUUAAAUCAGGCCAUUGACAUCUACACUGACAUGGGUCGGUUUACCAUUGCAGCCAAACAUCACAUCACUAUAGCAGAGAUUUAUGAGUCAGAGCUGGUGGACAUUGAGAAGGCCAUUGCCCACUACGAGCAGGCAGCAGACUACUACAAGGGAGAAGAAUCUAACAGCUCAGCUAACAAAUGUCUUCUGAAGGUCGGACACUACAGCGCUCAGCUGGAACAGUACCAGAAAGCGAUUGAAAUCUAUGAGCAGGUUGCAAUGAGCACCAUGGACAAUCCCCUACUCAAGUACAACGCAAAAGAGUAUUUCUUUAAGGCAUCGCUCUGUCAUUUCAUUGUGGAUGAGCUCAAUGCCAAGUUGGCCAUCGAGAAGUAUGAAGAGAUGUUUCCAGCCUUCUCAGACUCCAGAGAGCUCAAACUGUUAAAGAAACUGCUAGAAGCCCACGAGGAGCAGAACAGCGAGGCGUUCACGGAGGCCGUGAAGGAGUUUGAUUCUGUGUCUCGCCUGGACCAGUGGCUGACCACGAUGUUGCUACGCAUCAAGAAAACCAUCCAGGGGGACGCUGGGGACCUGAAAUAGACACACUUAGAAGGGGGAGAGAACAAAGGGGGGGGAAUAGGGAAAGGGGCCAUUGAAGAGAGAAGGAAGAUGAGAGUGGAGGGGAUUAAAUGAUGGGACAAGAGACAGGCAUGUAUCUUAAUGGAUGUGCAAAAGUAGAAUAAAGUAAAGGCAGAAAGAUGAAAGAGGGUGGGAGGUGAAGGAGUUUACAGUUGUACAUAUCAGUCUGCAUGUGACCUGCCCCCCAAUGAGCUAAGCAUCACCUUUAAAUCACCUUAAGAUCACCCUGUGUCUCCCGGUCCUGCAGUAUUGCUCUCGUAACACUGGACAGAAUUGUACUUAAAAAGUAAGAGUGGAAAGAAAACGUGUGUGUGUGUGUGUGUGUGUGUGUGUGUGUGUGUGUGUGUGUGUGUGAGAAAG